AUGCCUUUCGUCUCGACUCUUAAGGAGAGCUUUGCAAUUGCACCUAUCAAGGAUAGGGAGCAUAUUUUAAAGAAAGUAACAACACCUAAUACCGAUGAAGCUCGAUAUUAUGAAGGGUUGAUUCUGCUUCAAAAAAUUUAUGACGAGGUCAUGAAGGAAAGUGUCCCUGAAAGACCACGUAUGGCUACUGAAACUGAGGCGGAACUAGCAGCAUCAAUGAGGGAUCUGCUGAAAAAAUUCAUUACCAAGAACAAACAAUUCGGCGAGCUUAAUACGCGCUUUCAUCUUCUUAUUUAUCCUUUUGAUACGAAGACUUCUACAGAUUUCAUCAAAAAAGAACUCCAGCUUGAUUUAUCCACUUUUGAAACAAGUGACAGCAUUGAAAGUCAAUUAACAGCAUGUUCCGACACUUCUACUUCCAAUCAUCCCUCCAAAUUAAAUUCAUGUAUUAUUGAUGGACUUGAAUUGGUCACAAAAAAGUUAAAGCAAGCCAGACCCAACGAUUAUCUUGAUAUAGAACCAUUCGCUUUUCCACAUCUUCGUUCUAUUUGGGAUACGCUAAAUAAUGAACAGCAAGUGAUUCUGCUAAAGAAAGUGUUUGAUUGUUGUCCUACCUCAGAACAAGUAUUUGGCACAGACAUCAUGCAUUAUUUAACAAAACUAUGGAAGCUACAGCAUGAAAACACAACCUUAAACAAUUGGAAGUUGGAAGAACUACCAUUUUACAAUUUUAGUCUCCAGCAAAUGGAUUAUCUCAUUCAUGAAAUCUCCCACAUUGUUUUUUCGCACAAGCAUUUCGUUACGGCCUAUCUAAAUAAGCUCGCUCCUGCUGAAUUUGAUGAUGUCAGUGUAAACAUUAGCUUUUGGGAUGAUGAAGACAACGUUUUGCGAAACUACUUGGAUCGCUUAGACAUUUUUGUUGGACAAUUACCGUCUGCAUAUGUUGAACUUAAGCUUGCAGUCAAAUUUCACACACUUCGUAUGAGCCUUGUGAGAAGAGAAUUUAACGAAGAAGCAUUGCUAGAUUAUUUAACUAUAACGUCUUCAGCGUCCGCAUCUGUGUCACCAGUUCCGUCCCGUAAUCUGUUUGGAAAUGCAUUUGCCAAUAACAGUAACAACAAUCUCGGAAGCCCCUUCAGUAACACCGCUGAGAACAGUGAUCCUAUAGUCAUUCCACUAUUAGGAAGUAGCUCAAUACCGGCCAGCGACAGAAAGUCGGUCCUGCGAGAGUAUCUUGCUGGUUUGAUCGAGCAGGAUAAAUUGACUAUGUCUAUAGACACUUUAGGUUCCUUUGGAGAUUACCAUGAUUUCUUGAAGCCUUUGUAUGCUGAACUCAUGUUGACUACAGCAAAAUCAAAUAUUGGUGUAGAGCAGUAUAUUAAUACUCUAGGCCAGCGUCGCUAUGAAGCUUUAGUCAACGAAUCUUAUAUUUCUUUCACUCCAUCGACAUUAUACGCUUCUGUUAAGAGAAAACCUUCAGACAACAUUGAGUUAAGACUGAGAAGCAAAAAUAUUCCCCGUCUAUCCAUUCGUGUAUAUCAAAUUGAAACUGAAGAAUACUGGCGCUUGCACAGCAACGAUGAUGAGAAUGCUGAGCUCGAAGAUUCUAAAAAGAUCAACCUGGACGGCUUAUGUCCAAACUUUGAAAAGGACAUUGACCUUUCUGAUGAGCCUGCCAUCCAUGUCAAGUCUUCUUUAUUCGAAUUUGGACCCAAUGGUUUAGCAUCUGAUGUCUUUAAAGGGCGCGGUAUGUGGGUUAUUGAAUUUGUUGGUGGCCAGCAUCAAUGUCGAAGUAUUGUACAAAAAGGCUAUCUUCGUAAAAUGGAACAGUCUACUGCUGCAGGCCAUUUGUUCAAGCUUAUUGAUGAAGAGAAUAAUUGUCUUAAAGAAGCAAAAAUUUGGUACAACAAUCAGUAUUACGAAGCUGAUAAGGAAACUGGUGAUAUACUGAUACCAUAUUUAACAAACGCCGAAAACCCAAAGCGUAGUAAGGUUAUUCUGAUCUCCUGUGCAGAUAACUUCAGUGAACCAGCUUCGAUUUACCAUCUUACCGAACAGUAUGAUUUUGAUGCCAAGUUUUAUCUGAAUAAUGAAAUGGUCUAUCCCAACAAAAGCGCGACGGUUGUCACGGUUCCUGAUUUGCGUUUGAAUGGUGUUAUUAUUCCACUCAAUCUUUUGGAAAAAGAAAUAACUCUGACUGUAGAUAGCAGCACUAUUACUGGUGUAAAAAAUAGUAUGAAAUGCCAGCAGGCUAUUACUGAUUUCAAUUGUAUCUCAUUUGAUUUUGCGGUACCUAACCAAUUGGCUCUUCUUGAGUUUACCUUGAAAGCAAGCAUCAAAACGCUGAGCGGGAAAAUGCAAGAUUUAAAAUGCCAUCAUCAGAUUCACUUUGACUCUGCUUCAAAAACCAGUGGACUUGCAGGUAGUUUCAACCUUGAACAGCUUAAGGAUAACAAAUACAUUCUUCGUGUCCUAGGAAAGAAUGGCGAGAGUAAGAAAAAUCAUGAAGUAUCUAUACGGUUGAAGCAUGAAUUCGUGAGUGAGCCAAUCAACGCCUAUCUGAAAACCGAUGCUUUUGGAGCCAUUUACCUUGGUGAACUCGCACAUAUACAAACCAUAACUUGCACAGAUUCGCAUAACAUAUUUAAGGUGUGGGAUUUGACGGAUAGCUCUAAGCAACAGCUACCUAUCGACAUAUGUGUACCAGCAAACACUGCUUUCAAACUAUCUUGCGUGACUUCAUACCCUGACUGUUUGUAUUCACUGCAUGAAACAGGCGCUCAACAGUUUCUAGUGAAGAAUAUGACGAGCUAUAUUAAAAAAGGACGUGACUAUCUUGAAGUUGAUGGGCUUCCUGAAGGAAGCUACAUCUUCUACAUUCCUUCAACAACAACCGCUGUGAAUAGCGUAAAAUGUACAGUCAUCCAGUCGUCUGUAUCUUUCUCUAAGCUUUGGUCGAAAUGGCUUUUGAAUGAAACCGUUUACGGCCAGUAUAGUAGCGCAUUGAGAACUCCUUUACAUAUCCAAGCAACAACCAUCAGCGAUAACUCAGUUGAUAUUCAGUUGGAUCACUUUUCACCACAUACAUUUGCCGUUGUUACAGCUACGACGUUUGUACCCCCUACAAACGAAAGCUGGCGUCUUCAGCGAGAUAGUAACAUGAUUCAACCUAUGAGCCGUCUUUCAGCAAAUGACAACUGUCGCGCCAACAUGAUAUCUACACGAAAUAUUUGUUUGGAUGAUAAACGUAUCAGUGAAGAAUAUCAAUAUAUACUCAAUCGUUCAAGAGCUGAAAAGUGGGUAGGAAAUAAUCUCAGUAAGCCUUCUUUGCUAAUGUACCCCAAGAAAAAUGCUGACACAGUUACAAAAGAGCGAUACCUCGAAAAGGGAGCGACAUUAAAGAAUAGAAUGACCGCCAGUGCCACACCUGAAGCGGUUCAGAUGUCUUACGGUUAUGAGCCAAAUGCUAUGUACCUUUGCGGUGUUGAUGGCGGUGAUUACAAUCGCUUUGAUAACAGUCUGAAUUUUUUGAGUCAUCAGUCUCCCGUUUUGAUAGUUCCUGUAGACCGGAAUACAGGUAAGAUUACUAUCGACCGUAGUCUACUGGGCAUUGAUGCUCGCCUUCUCCGAGUUUUGAUCAUUUCGGGUCAGCAAAGUCUCUAUCAGCUGCAAGUACUUGAAAGCCCUAAUACCAGUCUGAAGACCAAGGAUCUUCGUCAGCCAUCUACCAACAAUAAACCUCUUAUUCGCUCCAAAACCAUCUUCAAACUGAUACCGAAUGAAAGGUUGCUGCUUCAAACACAUGAAUAUGAAGUAAUCGACAGCUUUGAAAAAUUAUUUGAUAUCGUGAAGAAUAUUUCAGAUGUAGGCGAACUUUUUAUAGAUAAGUUCUACUUCUUGCGCAACUGGUCAUUAUUAUCCGUUGACGAAAAGUUAUCGCUGCAUGAAAAACAUGUUUGUCAUGAAUUCAAUCUGUGGCUCAAGAAGAAGGAUUACUCGUUCUUUGAAAAAUGGGUAAAGCCCGCUUUGAAGAGCAAGGUUCAAAAGUCCUUCAUGGAUAAAUACUUGAUCGAUGAAGAUCUGACUGAAUAUUGCCAGAACAUCCAUCAGAUCAAUCAGCUUAGUAUUGCAGAAAAAGCUUUACUAGCUUCUUCGAUUGGAUCAGAGACGAUCUGUACUAGUAUUUCAAAGUUCUUCAAGGGUAUCAUGGACGACAGGCAUUUUGAGGAGAGAGCUGAUGCUAUAUUUGACUCCAUCCUUGCUCACGGAGGACCCAAGGCGCCUGAUGACCUCACGGAUGUACAAUCCGAUUAUGAAAAUGCUCAAAGCCUUGAUGAAGCAACCUUACUCAACACUAACGUGAGUCGAACAAAGAACGUUGUCCACAUGUCUCAACCUACUAGUUAUGCUUUUGGGUCGGCCUCAUUGGCCUUUUCCCAACCGCAGCCUCCUCCUCCUCCAGCCCCAACUGCUCCUGGAGCUAGGGCUUUAUUUGGACAAUCUCGUUCCGCGAAUAUUGCUUCUUCUGCUUCCUUCACUUCUCCCUCAUCAGAAGCAGUAGUCUUUGAAGCUGAAGAUGGAGAUGAUGAAGAAGAAGUGAAACAAGCAGAGUUAUUGUUAAGGGAAAAAGCCAAAGAACAACAGAAAAAGAUCUCUUAUACGUAUAUGAAAUCCACUACCGAGUACAAGGAAACGGGAUUCUACGAUGAUAACAAUAAAGUCACCGCUGUUAAACAAUUCUGGAUUGAUUAUUUGGAAUAUCAUGCUCAGAAGAACGUAACAGAACAGAGCAAUCUAUUUUUGUCAGAGUCUUUCAUGUACAGUUUGGACAGUGUCGCUGAAAUCCUUUACGUUUUAAGCUUGAUGGAUCUGCCAUUUGCUUCUGAAACUGACUGGAAGGCUGAAAUGGUGACGAACAAAGUCGACAAAACUGAAGAGAAGACUACUGUAUCAAUCUCUACAUUCAAACACCCCGUGAUUGUUUUCUACAGAAGCUUGAAACAAAUGGAGGAAGAGAGCACUGCCGAUGGUAAUCAAAGUCUGAUGAUUGGGCAAGAGUUUUUCAUUGUAGAAGAAAAUGUGCCUAUUGACUCAAACGAAUGUAUCAAGUUGAACCCCUUACAAACAGCUUUUGAACCUCUGCUGGAGUAUGGUAACCACUUGAUCAUUAGCAACGCUUCCUCUAAAUCUAUCACCUGUCAAGUUACUGUUCAAAUACCUUCUGGUUCAAUUCCUACGCAGAUCGCGGACUAUUGCAAAUCUAAAACGGUUUCCAUUGAAGCUUACUCCACUUGGCAUGAAGUGAUGAGCACGUUUUACUUCCCUGAAACUGGACACUACCAUAUUCCACCUGUCACUGUGUCGACUGUUAGCGGAGAUGAUCUUUUGCGAAUGGUACAUGGCUUCGAUAUUGAAGUAAAGUCGCCCCAACGGUCUGAAGAAGUUAUAGCAACACCGAACAGUAUGUCAUGGGCUUCUAUCGCUAAAUACGGCUCACUGCCGAGCGUUUUGUCAUUCUUAGACUCGUAUAGUAAAUUGGAUAAAUUGGACCUCGGUUUACUUCAGUGGAGAAUGACAGAUAAAGAGUCUGCUCGACAAAUUAUUGACAGUUUACGUAGCCGAUAUAUGUAUCGUCGAGAUCUUUGGCAAUAUGGCAUCUUGCAUCAAUUUACUGAUGUGCUCCGUGAAUUGCUUUUGUUUGAAUCGAGCUACUUACUCAAUCGAACAGGCUACAUCUUCGAGUCACCAAUUGUGAGCACUUCAAGCGCUUCUAUUUAUGAGGAGGAGGACUAUCAAAACAAGCUCGGAACUUUGGAUUAUUAUCCCAUGCUUCAUGCGCGUAUUCACCCGUUAAAGCCAACAUCACAUGAAAUCCUCAAUCAACAAUUUUAUGCACAAUACAAUAGAUUCCUUGAAUACUUGACACAGAAAUCAACUGCCAUUUCUGCAGCCGACUCAUUGAUGUUGACACUUUAUCUGUUACUUCAAGAUCGAGUAGGUGAGGCGCGCAGUGUAUAUGCUUGUAUUCAGCCUGAAAAUGCUGCGGAGGACGUUAAAGUUCAAUACGACUACCUCGGUGCUUAUUUGAAGACUUGUGUUCCUACAACCAUGGACAUACAGACGCUCGAUCUCAAAUCUGUAAAAGAUAUAGCAAAACAAUACAUGGGCAACUUUGGUGUACUGCAAUGGCGUCAACGUUUUACGGAUUUAUACAACUUUGUUUGUGAGGUGGAGCAGGGCUAUUUAGCUAUUUCUUCGCAAGCAAAUUUGAACAAUGAACGUGUCCGAUCUGAAGAACCCAUUUUGGAAUUAGAGAUUGAUGAACGUCAGCGCCAAUUAUUGAUCCAAUACAAUGCUCACGUGAAGUCAGUUCAAAUUAAAUACUAUGAAAUGGACAUUGAAGUGAUGUUUUCCAAUAAUCCUUUCAUGAAUCAUGGAUCUGCCCGCAAGAAUGAGAACAACUUCCUAUGGAUCAAACCUAGUAAAUGUACUGUGAUUGACAUACCUGAAGAUCAAGCUGAAGACGAGGAAGAUGGUCACGAGGAAGAUAGAUACGAUAUGAUUGGCGUUGGUCAGAUUCAUUCCUUACAUACGCUUAAAAUACCAUUCGAAGGCGGUAAUAAGAAUGUUUUUGUGGAAGUAUCCUAUGGCUCAUUAAAACGUCGUCAAGUGUAUUAUGCAAACAACAUCUACGCACAUGUUUCUGAAGCGUUCGGAGUGGUUCGUGUCAUCAAUAAGGAAACAAAGAGACCGAUGAUGGGAGCUUAUGUUAAGGUAUAUGCCCGCUUAAAGGAAGGAAAGCAAGUCCAUUUCUGGAAAGACGGCUACACCGGUUUGAAUGGUGUCUUUGACUAUGUUAGCGUUACAGAAGGUAAUAAUCUUAUAGGAAGAAGGAACGACGGUGAUUUGAGGACGCUGAUGCUGGAUAAGAUUGAUAAGCUCAGUAUUCUGGUCCUGACUGCUGAAGCUGGUGCUGUUGUUAAGGAAGUUUAUCCACCUCUCAAUGGUUGA